GCGGACGGCCGCGACAACCCCAAGUGGUUAAACGCCUCUGUGGCGGCAGCCGCGCGCGAGGAACCUCUCCGGUGCAUGGCCGCGCGCGUCGCGUAGUAACAGGCGCUAUUAUACAUGCGAGGAUUAAAUCGCCGAUAAGGAAAUAUAAAGCGGGGGCCGGGACUCGCUAGCGCCGCCGUCGCGCACGACAAGACACUCUGGUGGCCGUGCACACGCGGCACACCCUCUCCACCACCGCGCCGGACACACCACAUUCACGCCACCAUGUGUAACGUCUGCUGCCUGGCCUGCAACUUGAUCAAGUGGUUGCUAAGUAUCGCAGUUUUGGUCUUGAUUGUCCUCGCCUUUGUGGCGGGGGGGUACAUUCUUGGACCACUCGUGGCAAAAGAAACGAAAGGCCCACCAACCGUCUAUGAGUACUACACUGAUGGGGGAGUAUCAGAGGGGCUGAAAGCCGAAAAGAGGGACUUUACCUUGAACAAAAAAGUAAUCUCCCUUCACAGUGGUUCCAUUCAUUAUUUCCGAGUGCACCCACAGUACUGGAGAGACCGCCUUCGAAAACUCAGAGCAGCAGGAUUUGUAGCUGUUGAAACUUACGUACCAUGGAACCUUCAUGAGCCAUAUGAUGGUGUAUUCGAUUUUGGUGAUGGUGGUGAGGAUAUGUCACCCUUUCUCGAUAUCCGCACUUUCCUUAGAAUUGCCAAGGAAGAGGAUCUGCUAGCAAUUCUGCGUCCAGGACCUUACAUUUGUGCUGAAUGGGAAUUUGGUGGUUUACCAAGCUGGCUCCUCAAAGACCCUACUAUAAAAGUUCGGACAAAUGAUGCAAAAUACAUGGCAAAAGUGGAGAGGUACUUCAAUCGACUUCUUCCCAUCCUGAAAAAUUAUCAGUUUUCUACUGGUGAAGGCCCAAUUAUUGCAUUCCAGGUUGAAAAUGAGUAUGGAAAUACAAAGGAAGUUGACAAAGAGACAGAUAUUGCACACUUAGUAGCACUUAAAGGAAUGUUUGAAAAAGCUGGUCUUCAAGAGUUGUAUUUCACCUCUGAUACUCCCUCUAAGGGAAAAGAAUAUGGAGCAAUACGCGGAGUGCUUGAGGUGGCGAACUUUAAUGUGAAUGCUUCAGUUGAGCUGGAUAUACUCAAAACAUUUCAGCCAGACAAGGCAGCUAUGGUGAUGGAGUUCUGGACUGGUUGGUUUGAUCACUGGGGUGAAUCUCACCAUGGAAUGUCUUUGCAGGACUUUAAAACUGUGCUGGAAGAUAUCCUUAAAUAUCCAUCAGGAGUGAACUUUUAUAUGUUUCAUGGAGGAACCACCUUCGGGUUUAUGAACGGUGGUAAUGUGUACAAGUCUUUUCCUUAUUUUCUUCCAGACAUUUCAUCAUAUGACUAUGAUGCACCAUUAACAGAGGCAGGUGAUUACACAGAAAAGUAUGAUGCAACUUGCGAGCUUCUGGAAAAGUAUCAGAAAGUAGCUCUAAAAAAAGUUGACCGUCCUUCAGAAACAAAAAAAGUUGCACACCCACCUUUAAGUUCACCACAUUUCAUUGAUUGGAACACCUUACUGAUGCAAGUUAAUAAACAAGAUAUUGAGAUCUUGCAACAACCAGUGUACAUGGAGCAGCUCAAAGUUAAUCAGGGAAGUGGACAAAAUUAUGGUUACAUUGUCUACAGGAAACAGAAUCAGCCUUUAAACCCUGGUUCUACCCUCAAGAUCACAGGGACUAUAAAGGGAUCCGCAAUUGUAGUUGUUGACAAUACUUUAAAAUCACAUCCUCUUAAUUCUAUUCAAGAUUUCCACAACUUUGGUUAUUGGUGCACAGAGCCUGCUAACAAUACUUUGGAUCUUCAAGUUCAACAAUCUUCAACAAGCACUGUAGAUGUUAUCAUUGAAAAUUGGAGCAGGAAUAAUUAUGGAAAGCUGUCUACAGAUUUUAACCAAUGUAGAGGACUUGAAGCUAGUCAAAUAAAUAUAGAUGGCCAAACUGUUGAAGAUUUUAUAAUCUAUGCUUUGCAGUUCAAAGGAGAAUGGGUGAAUAGCCUUUCAGGUUGGUCACCAACCACAAAUAUUUUGGAGGGACCUGUGUUUCUCAAAUUCACACUUGAAAUUGAUGAACCAGUAGAUACCUUCCUUGACAUGAGAGGUUGGGGCAAAGGAAUAGUUUUCAUUAAUGGAUUUAAUAUAGGACGGUACUCUUCAAUUGGACCAAUCCGCACUCUCUUUGCUCCAGCUCCCCUAUUUGUUAAAGGGCCAAAUCAGAUAUGUGUAUUUGAACAUUUUAAAUCCUCUGCACAAUUAAAGUUUUCAGAUAACUUGAUUUUUGAGAAUGCGGCAGAGACUUUUAAUGUUGACUUGUAACUCAGCUUAACUUUGUAACAUAUUUUUAUAAUUAGAAAUAUUAAAUAAAUUUGAAUUCUUAA